GCAAGCCCGAGGGCGGACACUGGCACCACAAGCCGCCAUGUGGGCCGUGGCGAUCAGUGGCGACCAGGCUCUAGCUGAGGCAACAGUUGGUUCAUCGCUCGUACAUCUCCUGUGUGUCGUGUGCCACCACUCCGCAUCAGGAUGAUUUGCUCUCCGGCGAUGGCGAUCAGGGUCUUGCUUGGACUCUGGUUUCUGACGCGCACACACGCACUUUCCCUUUGUGAUCGUCGGUCGAUUCAGUGUGCAACAGAAUGGCGAUGUAUCUCGCGUAAUGGGAUCUGUGAUGGUGUAAGUGACUGCGGAGACAACUCUGAUGAAAGCAUUUGUUCUGGAAACUGGCUAAAAAUGUAUACUACUACCACAACGACCACUACUGGAACUACCACAACUGCAACAACCACUACUACGACGCCCGCCCCCACCCCUCCCCCACCCAACAACGUGGAGGAGAGCGAGGCGCUGGGUCAGAAGUUCGCUCGGACCUUCAACGACACACUCCACCACCCAAAAUGCCCCAAGCUCUACACCAGCGUCGGGAACAAGUGCCUCUCUCUCCUCUACUUCGUCAAGGUCGGCUGGGGGGAGGCGAGGGCCCUGUGCUCGGCCGUCGGCGGGGAGCUGGCUCGCUACCCUUCUGCCUCCGACGGGGAGUUCGCUGCUCUCCUGAAGUACUUGCGGGAGAUACAGAUGACGACGGACUUCUGGGUGGGAGGCCGGUACACGAAGGACACCGAGGCGUGGACGUGGCUGGACGACGCCCCGAUGGACCUCGGCUCGCCCUACUGGGCCGUCAGACACACCGACAGUUGCAGCAGCCGCCAGCAGGAGUCGGCGCCAGACGGCAAGCCUGAGGACGUCGCCUACUGGACCAACACUUCGGCCUGCUACCACUACGAGCAGGCGCCCCGGCGCGACUCCCACGAGCUCUGCGCCGCCGUCACCUUCCGCCACUACUUCUACAUGAGCGACGAGGACUGCCUCAGCGUCAGGAGCCCUCUGUGUGAACAUGUUCCCAGCACCGCCCAUGACCUCACGCUCGCUGGCGAUCCGUGAUCGUUGUACUACUUCAAGAAGCCUUUGUUGACUUUGAAUAUUCUUAUCAUGAAUCAGUUAUGCUUUUAAUUUUGCGACUUAUCCAAAUACAAUUUUUGAAGGGUUACAAUUAAGUUGGAUGUCAUGAAACUUCAUGUUUUAUAUUUACUGAAUAUUUAGUUGUAAAUUGUUGAUAUAGAUACCAUAGUUGCAGAUGCAAGUAGAAUACAUGAAUAAUUACUCACAAACAAUGUAUAUAUGCGAGUGUGUAUACAGUAUA